GCCGGACCCCCCCGCCUCCGGAGCUCAUGUCCGGCUUCCUCCUGGUCCCGGUGGAUGGCGGGAAUCCGGUCCCCGUUCCGCCAGGGGAGACGCUGCUGGGCCGGGGUCCCCUGCUCACAAUCAGCGACAAGAGGGUGUCGAGACGCCACGGGCUGCUGCAGAACCUGGACGGAGAGCUGCGCCUCAAACCGACCCACGCCAACCCGUGCUUCAUCCAGGCCUCCCUGUCCUCGGAGCCCCGCCCCCUGCCCCAAGGAUCCUGGUACACGCUGCGCGAUGGCGAGCUGCUCUCUCUGCUGCCGGGGCGGCUGGUCUUCAGGGUGGAGGCCGUGGGCUCCAGGAGCAUCCGGAGCGCUGAGGAGGAGGAGCAGCUUCCCGCCUCAGGAGAAGGUCAGGAGGGUCCAGCAGGAGAGGAGGGGGCGGAGUCAGACGGGAGAUCCCGACAGACCAACAUGGAGGAUCAGAGGCACGCCGCUCUGUCUGAGGUCAGGGUUCGAACCCUUCCUGCCUGGAUGAUGGCGGCCGCCGUGCAGACCCCAGCCCUCAUGCUCAAAGUUCAGUCAACUCUUCAGAGGAGGAAACGACCUGCUGGCGGUGUUCAGGCCACGCCCACAUCGAAAGAGGAAGAGGAGCAGAGAAAGAGGAAGAUGAAUGCUGAGGAGGAGAAGGCACCUGAAACGGACGUUCCUGCAGGAGCAUCAGCGCUCUCAUGGAGAGAACCCACCAGACCCCAGGUGGAGAAGGCGCCUCGCCGCCUCGCCGUAAACGCAGACGACCCGGGAGGACCGCCCACCAACCGAACCCAGGAGGAGAGGGACACAUCUGUCCUGGCUCCGCCCAGGGCCACGCCCACAACCCAGCGCCGAAUGCCGUGUCCUUACGGGAAGGACUGCUACAGGAAGAAUCCGCUUCACUUUCAGGAGAGCAGUCAUCCUGGAGACUCCGACUACGAGGAGGAGGAGGAGGAGGAGGGGGGGGAGGGGGAGCGACCCGAGUGUCCGUACGGAACCGACUGCUACAGGAAGAACCCGCUGCACAGGAGGGAGUUCAAGCACACGCGGAAACCAGCUCGUUCCACUCGAGCCGUCCCCCGAAACCCCCCUGACGAAGAGGAGGAUGAAGACAGCUUCAUCGAUGACGACAGCGAAGAUCCUGACAAUGACUCUGACUAUAACCCCGCCCCCUCGGACGACAGCGAUGGCGAGGACAUCAAGAGGCUGCAGAGAGAGGCCACGGGCUUCCUGAAGAGGAGGAAGUGAGGAAGGAGCGGCCUUCCUGUUUGCAAUGGGAUGGAUCAGCUGUGGGGGGGUGAUUAGCCAUUUCCACGGUAACCAUUCACCUGGGUGAAGCCAAUCACGAUGCCUCCACUUUCUGUUUUAUCAAGCAGACUUUUAAUUUGAAGAAACAGCAGGAAGUCCUCUUAAAACACAAGGCGACAGAUUUUCUCUUUUAUUCAAGCUGCUGAUCAGAUUUAACAUUAAAAGCAGGAUCUCUUUGAAAGCUUUUAUUUUGAAAAGUGACCUCAGAUUUGCUGUGAUCAUGAUUUUUUUUACUGAUUUGACAGGAAGCAAAGAACCCGCUUUGUUCCAUGUUCAGCAUGGUCAUCCUGUUCUUUCAAAAUAAAAGCUUCAGUGGAA